AAGUCCCUCCUGACUUACUGCUGACGAGAGUCACAAUGAUGUUCGUGAUCUUGGCUUUGUUUGUUGCCGGCGCCUAUGGGUGCGGCACGCCCACCUACCCCCCCAUUCUCAACAAAGUAGUUGGUGGAAUUGAUGCCCGUCAGCACAGCUGGCCCUGGCAGGUGUCCCUGCAGUACAAGAGCGGCAGCAACUUCUAUCACACAUGUGGCGGUAGUCUGAUCUCCAGCCAGUGGGUCGUCACUGCUGCUCACUGCAUCGGCAGUUAUACCUACAGAGUUUACCUGGGAAAGCACAAUCUGAACACCGUGUCUGAGCCUAACUCCGUCGCCAUCAGUCCUGCCAAGAUCAUUGUCCAUCCUAACUGGGACUCUUACAAUAUUCGUAAUGACAUCGCCCUUAUCAAACUGGCAUCACCUGUUCAAAUCUCUGCCGCCAUCAUGCCUGCCUGUCUCCCCCCCUCUGGUGAGACCCAGGCUCAUGGUACCAUCUGCUACGUCACCGGCUGGGGACGCCUCUGGACUGGAGGUCCUCUUGCUGACACCCUGCAGCAGGCUCCCCUCGCCGUGGUCGACUACAGCACCUGUUCCAAGUCUGACUGGUGGGGUAAUCUGGUCACCACAAACAUGAUCUGUGCUGGUGGAGAUGGAGAACUGGCUAGCUGCAACGGAGACUCUGGUGGUCCCCUGAACUGCAGGAACGCUAAUGGCUCCUGGGACGUUAAUGGAAUUGUGAGUUUUGGCUCAAGCUUGGGCUGCAACUACUACAAGAAACCCUCUGUCUUCACUAAGGUCAGCGCCUACAUCUCCUGGAUCAACUCCGUGAUGACCUCAAACUAAGAUGUGGACGUGUUUUUGUCAAACCUAGAAAGUAGAUGUGUGAUCAAAUGAAAAAAUAAAGUUGAUAAUGCAGUC